AUGUUCAAGCUCGCGCGCAGCAGCCGUCCUGUCGCGGCAGCUAUCAGAGCUGCGACGGAAUCUUCCCUUCAAUCCAGAUUGGCUCAGCAACAGAGAAACCUGUCCAUUCACGAAUACCUCUCUGCCAGACUUCUCAAGUCCUAUGGCGUGGGAGUCCCCAAGGGUGAGGUCGCCCACUCGGCAGAGGAAGCUGAGGCUGUCGCCAAGUCAAUCGGGAACGAUGACAUGGUGAUCAAGGCUCAGGUUCUUGCUGGUGGUCGUGGUAAGGGUUCCUUCGACAAUGGUCUCAAGGGAGGUGUGCGCGUUAUCUACUCCCCAACCGAGGCCAAGAUGUUCGCUGGCCAGAUGAUCGGACACAAGCUCAUCACCAAGCAGACUGGUGCUGCUGGUCGCCUUUGUAACGCUGUCUACAUUUGCGAGCGCAAGUUCGCUCGUCGUGAAUUCUACCUUGCCGUCCUCAUGGACCGCGCAACUCAGACACCCGUCAUUGUUGCCUCGUCGCAAGGUGGUAUGGAUAUUGAGGCAGUUGCCAAGGAACACCCUGAGGCUAUCAUGACGACUCCUAUUGACAUCAAGGUCGGCGUGACUGAUGACAUUGCCCGCAAGAUUGCUACCGAUCUUGGCUUCUCUGAGCAGUGCAUCGAGGAUGCCAAGACCACCAUCCAGAACCUGUACAAGGUCUUCAUGGAGAAGGAUGCUACUCAGAUUGAGAUCAACCCUCUGUCUGAGACAUCUGACCACCAGGUUCUGGCUAUGGACGCCAAGCUGAACUUUGAUGACAACGCGGAGUUCAGACAGAAGGAGGUUUUCUCGUGGAGAGACCCUACUCAGGAAGACGCCGAUGAGGUCAAAGCUGCUGAGUACGGCUUGAACUUCAUCAAGCUGGAUGGUGACAUUGGAUGCCUGGUCAACGGUGCUGGUCUCGCCAUGGCCACCAUGGAUAUCAUCAAGCUCAAUGGCGGAAGCCCUGCCAACUUCCUUGACGUUGGUGGUGGUGCUACCCCAGCUGCUAUCAAGUCUGCUUUUGAACUCAUCACCAGCGACCCCAAGGUCACUGCCGUCUUCGUUAACAUCUUCGGUGGUAUCGUCCGCUGCGAUGCUAUCGCCCGGGGUUUGAUCAAUGUCGUGGAGGAUAUGGGUCUGCGCAUCCCCAUCGUUGCUCGGUUGCAGGGUACCAACAUGGAGCAGGCUCAGAAGCUGAUCAACGAGUCCGGUCUUAAGAUCUUCUCCAUUGAGGACCUCCAGAGCGCCGCCGAGAAGUCCGUCCAGUUCUCCAAGGUCGUCAAGAUGGCCCGUGAGAUUGACGUCGGUGUGGAGUUCACCCUUGGUAUCUAA